CCUUGUCACACAAUCAACGUACAUUAGAGAGUAAAAGAGAGAGAAUAAUAUUAUUUGCUUCAAAUACUACGUUUCUAAAACAUCUAUGCUUAAUUGAAGUGUCAGAUUUGAAAUGAAAUUUUGAAUACCAAUUUCAUUCAUGAUAGUUUUAUUAACAAUUUUACCAAGAUUGUGAAUAACUAUGGAGGAUUUCGAUGUGUUUACAAAUGAGAUUAACUUUACAAAGCCUCUAUUCAAGAACAUACUAAACAAAUAUGUUUAUGAAGCGCCUCCUACACCUAACGGACCUAACUACCAGAGCGGUAGGAAACUUAUGGCUGAAGAAUGUCUGGCGGUGAACGAUGACGUCGGCUGUGCAUUCCAUUUGAGUGAGGCAUCAGCAGCCUCUUUGAGGGCCAUGGCAGUGUACAGAGAUGAGCAGUCUAAGUCUGCUGCUGAUAAACUGUACAAAAUCAAAAGCUACAUAAAGCCUGUGCAGGAUUUGGUUGAUGCACAUCCUGUACCAAAAACAGAAGCAAAGCUUUUAAACUUGUUGUCAGAUGGCACAGAUAUCAGCAGAGAUCUAGAAAAGUUCUCAAUCAAGGAUGAGGAGCCGUUCUAUAGGACAUACCUGAAAUUCUCUAAAGAGAAUAAUGUUGACAACUUUCAGAAGAUACUGAAAGAAUUUCCUAAAGAAUGGACAGUGGUACAACUGACUGUACCAUACAACCCUAAUGAAAACUUGAAGCCAUUGAAUGAGUAUCGGACGGAUGUGACCUCUUUAUUCCUUUGCACAUACACCAACGACUACCAGGAUGACAGCGUGAUACCACCCAUCACUGUGCAUAUACCUGCUAAUAUUACAAAAGAAGGAGAAAAGCCACUGUUCACUGAGCUGUACUCCCUGUUGGACGAGAACUACAAAACGAUUGAUAACGCACAGUUCUUGAACAAUAAGCGCUUAGUACAGAACUACUGGAGCCGGCGGGAGGAUAUUGAUCUUCGUAUGAAGAGUGUAAUAAACGUGAUGGAUAAGGAGUGGCUCGGCGGGUGGGGUUGUUUGCUAACCGGCAAGCUGAUAGACAAGACUUUGAAGGAGAAAGUCAUUAAAUUAGUUGACACCACCAUCUCAGACUGGGGAUUCAUCCGGCUCACUCAAAAACAAAGAGUCCUACUCUACAAUCUAAUAGAAAGUUGUCCAGUGUUGCAAUCGCAACAAAUAAAAACUUGUAUCAGAAGGAUAUUAACUGAGUAUGGCAAUUCAGAAGAUGUGAGACAAGUUUUAAACCCGGAAUGCGGAAGUUGCACCAAAGAGUUUAAGUUUUUAAAUGAGUUGUGUUUGAAAUGCUUGUCAAAAAGUUUUGAGAAGUUACAUCAUUUUAGCUUAGUCGAUGGUAUAAGGGCGUUUUCUCAAGCUGUGAUGCAAAUUAAGGAUAAUGAUGAAUUGAAAAAGGCUAAAAGGCAUCCUGUUAUACUUAUUGUAGAUGAGAUGCUAGACACAUUCCCUUGGGAGACUUUACCCAUACUGAACCAACACCCUGUAUCGCGCAUGGAAAACAUACACUUUCUGUACUACCUGUAUAAAAUACACGAGAAGAAAAUUUGUGAUGGAUACUUCAAUGCGAAAUGUGAUGUUGGAAGAUAUGUUAUAAAUCCAGAGAAGAACUUGGACCGCAUGGAGAACAGAAUGACCUCGUUCGUGCAGUACUGGUGUCCUGCGUGGAGCGGCCACGUGGGCGAACUGCCCUCGCCUAACGACUUCAUAUCGCAUCUCACGCAGGCUGAUAUAUUCUUGUACUGCGGGCACGGUGACGGCUGCCAGCUGGGCGCCGGCGGAGUGGAGCGAGCGAGGGGCGGCGCGCUGUGCGUACUGGCGGGCUGCGGGUCUGUGCGGGAGGCCGCGCCCGCGCCGCGAGCGCCGCCCGCCGCCGCGCACCACAUGCUGCACAUAGCGGGCUGCCCCAUGGUAGUGGGUAUGCUGUGGGAAGUCACAGAUCUGGAAGUGGACAAAGUGAUCAGUACGCUGUUAUCCCUGUUCGUGCCUUCUGAAGCGCCCGUCGCGUGGGCUAACGUGGGCAAAGCUAAGUGGAGUCAUGGCGUAUUAGACACAUCAGUAGAACAGAAGUCGCCAGUAACACCGGAGCGGUCGUUGCUGCGAGCUAUCUGUCAGGCGCGGGGCUCAACGGGCUAUAUCAUGAUCGCCAGCAGUGUGGUAGCAAGGGGGCUGCCGGUUAAAGGAAUAUGAACUUUGUGAUGUAACAAAUAGAGGACAAUUCUAUUUGUUACUAGUAUGUAGAUGUUUGGUCGCUGGAAGGACUGCCUGCCUGUUGGAUGUGGACCUUACUACUUAGGUAAUACAGUGUGAUUUACUUUGUUACUUGUUACAAUUUUGUGGAACCUGACAGUAAAGAAAUUUGCUUUAAAGUUACUGGUAUGUUUGUAAUUUCCUACAUCUAGACACUUUCGAUUUUGCCUUUCUGCCAACUUCAAAAUCAGAUCAUGUAAUUUCCUUCCAAAUCAGUGGAACAUAUGAACAAAUACUUUUUUUGUGAAUAAUAUAAGUAAGGUACGUGUAGUGCUAUUAUUUGUAAUGUAGGACUGUAAAUAUAGAUCUAAUCACAUUUGUGUAAAUAGGCAAAAUAAAUGAAACAUUGUUUCGAUGAA